AUGAGGAAGAGCACACCACUGUGGAUUCUGGCUUUGGAUGCGUUUGUUUCACUCCUCAUCGCUGUUGCAGCCGUGGAUGCUGGAAAUUCAGAGGGGAUAAGCAUUGAUUGCGGAGUAACCCAUGCAAGUUGUGACGAGAAUGGGUUUUGUUAUGAGGCAGACGAUGGAAAUGUGGUGGAAUCGGGUCAAAUAUAUAAUGUAUCUUCUCAAGACACCCUUACCAGUAAAUAUGAGCAGGUUUGGCAACAGAUAAACACUCUGAGAAGUUUCCCAGAAGGGAAAAGGAAUUGCUAUACGAUCGAACCCAAACAAGGCAGAAACAACUAUCUCGUUAGAGCUUACUUCUUGUAUGGAAAUUAUGACAACAAAAGUUUUGUUCCACGCUUCGAGUUGCAUCUUGGCGUCAAUUUCUGGAGAAAAUUAGGUGAGGAUAUGGACAUUGACACCAUUCUGAGAUCGGAGGUCAUUCAUGUUUCUCCAACAGACAAUAUCAACGUGUGUCUUAUCAAUACUGGCUUCGGAAUACCCUUCCUUUCUUUGCUCGAAAUCUGGCCUCUCUACAAUAAUGCUGUAUAUCGAACCACUUCCAAUUUGUUGCCGCUACGCCUCCGCACACGCUCUGCUCUGGGAAAGUCUAUAGAAAAUUAUAGUUUUAUCAGAUAUCCAAAUGAUAUCUACGGCAGGUCAUGGUUUCUCGGUAGAGUGAUCCAAAACUCGGAGCCAAUGAACACAUCGGUUGCGAUUGAUGGUGAUAAUUCAGACUAUAAAUUACCCAAGGAAGUGCUGAGCACUGCAAUUCGAUCAGGGAACGGUUCGUCCUCCUUAGUUAUCCCAUUGAAUUACAGUAGAGGUUACGAUUACUAUGUUUGCCUUCAUUUCUAUGACUUCGAGGACCAUUCUCGUCAAAGAAGCAUGGAAAUUACUUUCACGGAUACGAUCCGAGAGAACAUAACUCUCCAACACGGGGUGCUCAAAACCGUGGUUACGACAAUUCCUAGAGGGGAAUAUCUUAAUAACAUUUCGAUCACAUCCAUCCUCGAUUCUGGUUUACCCCCUAUGAUUAAUGCUCUUGAGGUCUAUGAAGUACUGCUCCAACCAAAUUCUCCGACUCUAGAACGGGAUGGCAAGUAUUACGUAUUUUCAGAUCUUAUCAUUCUGCUUUUACUUAUUACUCUUGACUCUUGA